AGUGAAUAUAAAAAUAAGAAAAGGAGAAAGCAGAGAAAAAAAGAUAGAAUGAUAGAAAAGCAUAGAAAAAAAAUAAGUAGUUGGUGAAGGAAGAAUGGCUGCAGAACUCUACGAUGCUAUAUUGAGAGGAGAUGUAAGAAAAUUUCGAGAAGUGGUUCAACAAGAUCCAUAUCUUGUUGAAAGUGCUUCAUUCGCAUGUUCAAGAAAUGUUCUACACAUAGCAAUACUGUGGAAGCGAGUAGCCAUUGUUGAAGAGGUGUUGAAAAUCAACCCGCAGCUAGCUCGAGAUUUGGACUCCCAACAAUCAUCGCCUCUUCACAUUGCAGUUGCGAAAGGGAGCCUCGAGAUAGUGAAGAAGUUGUUAUCAGUAGCCCCAGAGGCGUGCUGGUGGCGAGACUGUCAUGAUAUGAACCCGAUUCAUAUUGCAGCCAUGAAUGGGCACGUCGACAUCUUGGAGGAGCUGCUUCAAGAAUGUCCUUUGCCUGCUAUGGAGAGACUGCAUCGCGGCCAGACUGUGUUGCACCUGUGUGUGAAACAUGGUCAGCUUGAUGCAUUGAAGGUUUUGGUGAAUAAAUUGGGAGAGUUUGUGUAUGCAGUUGAUGAUGAUGGGGAGACCCUAUCGCAUUUGGCUGUCAGGUGCAAUCAACUUGAGAUUCUCCGAUACUUGUGGGAAAGCAACAAAAUCAUAAGGAGAAAGCGGAAUUCAAUGGGCAAAACAGCACUGGAAAUCUUGGAUGAGAGCCCUCCAGCUACAACUCCUAGCUAUUCGGAAAUGAGGAGAAUCUUAAGAAUUAUUCCAUCAGAAUACAUGUUCGAGACCAAUAUGGACAACGUUAUGAUUGUGGUGGCGAUCCUGAUAGCAACGAUGGCGUUCCAGAACAGCGUCAGCCCACCCGGUGGGGUGUGGCAGGACGACACGCCAUCACACAAGGCCGGCCAAGCUGUGAUAGCAUACACUCAUCCCCACAUAUACAGAGAUUUGGUAUUUGCUAACAACAUGGCAUUCUACUUAUCCUUCCUCGUAAUCUUCCUCAUCACCUUCGGAUCCGUGGUACCCUUUAUUUCCAGUGCCGUCGUACCUGCAAUGUGGUGGUCGAUUAUGUAUAUCAUAUUGAGUUAUGGAAGUUCGAUGAAGGUGAUCAGUCCCAACACGUUCCAUACACCAUUAAUUGGCGUCUAUAUUUUUUACGCUGGAAUCCUUAUAGCUAUGUUGUUAGGGCUAAAACGCUCCAUCUCUUGGAUUUUCCAACGUUUAGGAUCAUGGAUUUUCCAACGUUAAGAUCAUGAUUUGUAUGGCAAUUAACCCUUAUAGAAAGCUUAUAAGAAUGAUUUAUCCAUUAAAGAUCA